GCAUCUCCAACGACCCAGCCUGGAUUCCAAGGAAUACCAGACCGAGCCAUCGUCGGUGAAGACAAACCUGUGAGCAGCUGCUCUGAUCAUCGAUCAGCGCCGCUCACAGUCGGUUCUCCCAUUCGGUGGUUUCUUGCACUUAUAGUCUGGCCAUAG